GACGUACGGACAGUGUUUCUGUGCCGCAUAUGUUUACGCUCGUUCCUCCCAAGACAGACCCGGCAAAAUGGACGAUAUAGCAUUGCGGGCGUCUGAUCAUGUUUUAGAGGUGAUAUUCUCGUAUCUGGACCUGCACACGCUGAGAAACUGCUCACUGGUGUGCAAACGAUGGUACCGGUUUCUCAACGACGAGAACAAUGACGUGUGGCGGAUGCACUGCAUAAGAAAGCUUGCUCAGGAGGCCCUUAGCUCCGACUUGUUGUCGUCUGUGCCUACAUACAAGUCGAAACUGCGUGCGUUCUAUCAUGCGUGGAAUCCGAACGAUUGCUCGCGGAACAUUUACAUAAAACCCAACGGAUUCACCUUGCACAGAAAUCCAGUAGCCCAGAGUACAGAUGCGUGUAGAGGCAAGAUAGGCUUUCGACAUGGGCGUCACGCCUGGGAAGUAAUCUGGGAAGGACCAUUAGGAACAGUAGCAGUAAUAGGAAUAGCCACUAAAGAAGCACCUUUGUUGUGUCAUGGAUACGUAGCGUUGCUUGGCUCCGAUGAACAUUCCUGGGGUUGGAACCUUGUCGACAACCAUUUGCUACAUAAUGGAGAUCCACAAGGAAAUUAUCCUUUACUCAACAAUGCUCCAAAAUAUCAGGUUGGGGAAAGGAUUAGAGUAAUUUUGGAUUGUGAUGAUAAUACCUUAUCUUUCGAAAAGAAUUACGAAUUUCUGGGUGUAGCUUUUAGAGGGUUACCAGAUAAAAGAUUAUAUCCAUCUGUAUCUGCGGUUUAUGGAAAUACAGAAGUAUCCAUGGUAUACUUAGGACCACCAUUGGAUGGCUAACACAUUACAUUAAAAAAGAAAACAUAUCCUCAAAAAGCUCGUUUGAGGCUGUACAAUGCAUUUUUAAUGCCAAGUUCUCUGCAGUAUACUAACAUUAUCUACGUUUAAGUAGAGAAAGCACACGAUAACAAACUGUACAAUAUUUACAGAGAAUGUGUGCCUGUAGAUUACUUGGUCAAUAUUGUAAAUAAUAGACAUUUUAUUUUACUUAAC